UCAAGAAAAGCAAAAACUCCAUACAAAAAAACACUAAAGAAAAGCUCAAGAAGUUUUCUUGUAUUAAAUUUUCUUGUGGCAACAUCCAGCUCUCAAGAAAUUCAGUAAGUAUAUUUACUACUUUUAUUUUAUAAAUUGUGGAUAGGCAACACUGGUUUUGCGAAGAAACAUAACAGUUUCUAUAUAUUUCUGAAGUAAAUUGAGCGGGAAGAAGAAGCAAGUUUGUGGUUUUAUUUGAAUUUGAUUUGAAUUUUAUAUAUUCUUUGGCUUAAACAUUAGAAAUGGAAGACUUAAUACCUACAACAAAGCGGCAAAAGCGAAUUGGAAAUUUCACGGCAGGUGAAAAACAAAACUUAAUUAAAGAAGUGGAAGAAUGGCCCCGAAUAUGGGACAUUACUAACGUUUUGCAUUCAAAUAAAAAUGCUGUGGAGCAGGCCUGGGUCCACAUAAGCAAUUCCCUUGGCAAAACUGUUAGUGAGUGCAAAGCUGGGUGGAUUAGCUUACGGGAGAGCUAUCGCUAUCACGCCAAAGUGGCCCGCAAGCACAAAAGUGGUAGCGCUGGUGGAGAAAUGCUGGAGGAGCCUUUGUUUUCAGAUACUGUUGAUUGGGAGUUUGUUGAAGAAAUGGCAUUUUUGCCAAAUGUAUCACAGAAACGAAAAACUUUCACAAGUCCAGUUUUUGAAGAUUUCGAUUCAUCUUCCCCCAUAAAUAGAGCGGAUGUGGAGGAGUUAAAUGUUCCGCAAUAUGAUUAUAAUCCAACACCCACCACAAGUAAGCGGAAAUUUAGCGGAAGCCAAAAUGAUGAGGCAUGGAGUCGAUUCAAUAACAUCUUGAAGAAACAAGAGGAUUUGGUAGCAGGAAAGAAGAACUCACCAUAUGCACAAGUCCUUGCUGGUUUUGACUGGUUGUUGAAUAAGCUUCCACGGUCAGUUGGUGAUGAUAUGUGUAUGGAAUUUAACAGUAUGCUGUUACAGCAAGUAAAUGAACUUAAAACAAAAAAAUAGAAUAAGGAACAGAAAUAAAACUAACAAUUAAC